CAUUGCGACUUCUGUCGUGCUGAUGCAGUCGCGCUUAGUGUCGUCCAGGCUUCGCACAGCAGUCAGGAGGCCCCUCCGACACCGACAGUUACAGUAUGCCGACAGCCCACAGUUAGUGAUUGACGAUCACUUCGGGCGCACGUUGUGCUCGUAGCGAAAAUUUCAUGGCCAUCGCAAUAAUUGCGAGGCUCCGUCGACUUCCGCGGCUCCACUUGUCACGCUGUCGAUGUAAAUAAACAAAGGAACCUCCCGCACGCUGUUGACUCACUAGUCAACUAGUGACUCCUGAACAUUGUCAAGUGCGUAAACAUAGCAUGGAUCUGUAUAAUUUUUAUUCGGAUUCUUAACUAGUAUUGUUUUGUUAACGCUUACCUAAACUCAUUUACCUACGUAUUUGUGUCCUUAUUCAUUGCAAAGCAGUGUAUAAUAUUUAUUAUUGUGUAUUUACUUAAAACAUUACUCAUGCUACGCGGCUGACGUUGUGUUUGUGGUGUCUUCAUUAAUUAAUCUGCUUGUGCAACUCAGGAUUUCUUUAAAGGACUUAAUCUUCACUUGCUGGUAUGCAAUAAUGAGGUGCACUUGAGGCGUUGAGGCUGUGGUCGCCCGGGAUGAAUUCGGACGUACACCGGCAUCAGGCUCAUCCGCCGCUUGCACAGCACAGUGUUCAUGGUGCGCAGAGCGUGGGUCCGUGCGGCUGGUACUCCGCGUCGGCUGCGCCCGCGCCCACUGCCCCUGCUCGCUUGAAAAGAGCGCAACCACCGCUACAGCUACCUUCGGGCGGGGGAGUCGGCGGAAGCAAUGGUCCUCACGCUCCUCUUUCGCCGACAGCUUUGCAGAAUUCCGUCGCACAUAACAACGUGAUGUCGUCGUCGGUGCGUGCGGCGGCGCCCGGCGGCCCCGCGCCCGCCAUGCACACCUCGCAGACUAACGCCGUUGUCCCAAAAGGAGCUAGCGAUGUGCUGGUGAACUCAUCUGCUCAAAACCCACCGCCCGCGGCUGCCAGGCUCGUCAACAAGGCGCAUUGGCCCUGGCACCACGGCGCCAUCUCGCGCGAGCGCGCGGAGGCGCUGCUGUCGGGCUCGCCGGACGGCGUGUUCCUCGUGCGCGAGAGCACCAACUUCCCCGGCGACCACACGCUCUGCGUGCGCUUCCGCGGCCGAGUCGAGCACUACCGGGUAAAAUGGGCGACGGCACCGCAUAGCCAAAAUCAACGUCUCACGAUCGACGAUGAGGAGUUCUUUGAUAAUAUGAUGGAUUUAAUUCAGCAUUACCUGAAAGACGCCGAUGGUUUAUGUACAAAGUUAGAGCGGUGGCUUCCCAAAGCUUCUCCUAAUGGUGCCAACAACAAUAACGUACAACCUUUCUCACCUCUUCCUCAGCAACCACCGCCAUACCCACCAACGCCGAGCGUGUCUAGCGCGCUUAGUUCCGGUCACUUUCAACAUGCUUUUGGGCAUCUUUCUGGCGACCAACCAGAUGGCGCGCAAAAAUUCGUCGAUGCGCGUUGGAUAAUUGCUGAACGGGAUUUAGAGAUUCGGGAAAACAUUGGCAAAGGCGAGUUCGGCGACGUGAUGCUCGGUAUCUUGAACGGGACACAAAAAGUCGCCGUCAAAAUAUUGAAAGAUCGCGAGGCGGCUAGCAAAUUUCGAGCGGAGGCGAGCGUUAUGGCUUCACUAAAGCACGAGAACUUGGUGCGGCUACUCGGCUGCGUGGUGUUCAGCGCUAACGGCAGCACGUGCAUCGUGACGGAGCACUGCGCGCAGGGCUCGCUGCUGGACUACCUGCGCAGCCGCGGACGGCACUACGUCACGCAGCUCAACCAGAUCAACUUCGCCUACGACGCGUGCUGCGGCAUGGAGUACCUGGAGCGGCAACGCGUGGUGCAUCGCGACCUGGCGGCGCGCAACGUGCUCAUCUCGGCUGAGGGCACGGCCAAGGUGGCGGACUUCGGCCUGGCGCGCACCGACGCCGCGCCCGACGACCCCGCCGACGCGCUGCGCGUGCAGGCCAAGCUGCCCAUCAAGUGGACCGCGCCCGAGGCCCUCAAGUACAACAAAUUUUCAAAUAAGUCUGACAUGUGGAGCUUCGGUAUACUACUUUGGGAGAUUUACUCAUUUGGAAGAGUGCCAUAUCCGAGAAUCCCACUGGCGGAGGUGGUGCGGCACGUGGAGCGCGGCUACCGCAUGGAGGCGCCCGAGGGCUGCCCGGCCGGCCCCUACGACGUGAUGCGCGCCGCGUGGCACGCGGACCCCGCGCAGCGCCCCACCUUCGCGCACACGCGCCUGCGCCUGGCCGCCAUCCGCGACGCCGCGCAUGCGCUCCAGUGAAUACAGAACCUGCUCCUGGUGUGGCGAAACCUAAAUAUAUUACUUUGUAAUAACGUGUAGUUGGCAAAAUGAAGAUGCAAACUGUAUUUUAUUAUAAACGAUUUUAAUGUCUCAUGUAAGUCCUAAAUUAUUUUGAUAAUGUUUAAAGACACUUCCUCACUAAAGAAGUAACCAUAGAAUAGAGUGGAAUUUGUGUGUAUAGAAGUUUUGUGUAUUAUCGCUCUCGCGGGGCUUUUAGUGGUAGCUUGAUAAUUUUAUUUAAGAGAAAUGAUUUUUUUUGCAUUUUUAACUUUAAAAAUGUUAAAAAUGCUUAGCACAAAUUUUAAAAUGCACAAUAUUUUAGCAGUU